AUGCGGCUAGUCUGUAGACCGUGGCUUCUUUAUGCCAUGCGACGGUAUAUAUAUAAUGACUCUAAAGCCGCCAAAGUGGCCAAUCUAGGUUUGAUGACUGAAUACCUCAGCUCAGAGGCUGUUCCUCAUCUUUUGCAAAAACCAAUAAAUGCAGAGAAACUGGACGCCGAAAUAGUUCUCAGACUGUUUCCGACAAGCUAUGCGUAUCUGCCCAGAAUACACGGAAUCACCAGGUACAAACACUCCAUGUCUUUACUCACCAUGGUAGCCAGACGUCUCGUUUUGCACGAGGGCAGCGGUCUGCACGUGACGGGAGUCGAGACUAUUACUGGCGUCAGUAAAGGCCAACAACGCUACAACACCAUCAGUGGUAACGACAAGAUUGUGGUCCAUUGGGAGAGUUGUGAGGGUGUUGCUGAGAAUGAAGACCAGUUUGAGUCCAAAUUUGAAAAUCCAUUUUCGCAGGCGAACAUGGUCAAAUUUGGACCCUCAACGACAGGUAAAACGACACAUGUCACGACCCAUUCACCAGACCAAGAACUGCUCAAUUGCAUUGUAAGCCCAGACCAAAAAUCGGCUCGCGAAUUUUCUGGGUAUCCGCUCACUUUACUUGGCGAAUUGAAACGUCAAAUGGACUAUCCCCGAAUUAUCCACGGCCUUUUCAUUUUUGAGCUCAACAAAAAUAAUACCAAGAUUCUUGUACAUACCAUCGACAACGUAGAGUUCUACGGGCGACGCAAGAAGCAAGAAGCCGGAGCUUCUCUGGCAUGUUAA